CAUAAAAUGGUAGCACUAGAAGUGACGUGUGACACAUGGUGGUGAGUUUGCUAACAGCUGGUGUUAGUCGUAAUAUAUUUUUCUUACUGAGAAAGCGUAUAUAUAUUACUGAAGCUAAACGACUGUUGAUACCAUACUCUACCAUGGUUUCAGUUAACGUAGACAAGAAAAUUCACCCAGGAGUUGUGCUGUUGGCAAUUGAACACUUAAGAGAACUUAAAGAAGAUGUCACUGUAACAGAGGGAGAUGGAACUUAUGUUAAAAUCAACAAUGAAAAGAUUGAAGGUGAAGGUGCUGUCAGCAGAUAUUUAGCAAGAAGUUUUCCAUCUUCUGGACUCUAUGGCAAAACUUCCCUUGAAGCGUCACAGGUUGACAGCUGGCUUGAUUUCAGUAACCUAUACUUGAAAAACACCCAAGAAAUUGGUACUCCGUUGACUGAAUUGAAUAAAUGUCUAGCUCCAUCAACUCAUUUAGUUGGACAUGCCUUUACACUUGCUGAUUUCGCUGUAUGGACUGCACUUUAUAACAACCCAAGAUGGUCAAACCUUCUGGAUUCAGGAAAAGCUGAUAUUCAUGUUGGCAGGUGGUUUAAAUACUGCUGUAAUCAAAAGGCAUUUGGUGUCAUACAAUCUAAAUUUCCUGCUGCUGUGAGAAAAAACACAACUAAUAAUAAGCCUGAAACUAAAAAGGGAUUAAAAUCAACCAUGGAAGUUGGUGGGAAAUUUUUUGAUCUUCCUGGUGCUGAGAAGGGAAAAGUUGUAGUUCGAUUUCCACCUGAAGCCAGUGGGUACUUACACAUUGGACAUGCAAAAGCAGCUCUCAUGAACCAGUAUUACAAAGAAUUAUAUGAAGGCAAACUAAUUAUGCGAUUUGAUGACACUAACCCUGCUAAGGAGAAUGCACAUUAUGAAGAUAUUAUUCUUGAGGACAUCAAGCUUCUUCAUCUGACGCCUGAUCAAUAUACAAGAACUUCUGAUUAUUUUGAUUGUAUGUAUGAUUAUGCUGAGCAACUGAUAAAGCAGGGUGAUGCUUUUUGUGACAAUACACCACUGGAAGAGAUGAGGAAAAUGCGAGAAGAACGUCAGCCCUCACCGAAUCGUGACUUAUCUGUUGACGAAAACAUGAGAUUGUUCCAAGAAAUGAGAAAAGGAACAGCAAAUGGUUUGGAGUAUUGCUUGCGUGCUAAACUCGAUUACAAAUCUGAUAACGGAUGUUUACGAGAUCCAGUCUUGUACAGGUGUCGAGAUGAAGCACAUUUAAUUCAUGGCCAAAAAUACAUUGCGUACCCCACAUACGACUUUGCAUGUCCAAUUGUUGACAGUAUUGAAGGUGUCACACAUGCUUUGAGGACGUCAGAGUACCUUGACAGAGAUGCACAAUUCUAUUGGAUCCUUGAAAAAUUAGGUUUAAGGAAACCAUACAUCUACUCGUACAGUCGACUUGCUCUUAUCAACACUGUGUUGUCGAAACGAAAACUAACAUACUUAGUUAACGAAGGCUAUGUAGAUGGUUGGAACGAUCCAAGGUUUCCAACAGUGAGAGGAAUAUUGCGUCGAGGGAUGACUAUUGAAGGUCUCAAAGAGUUUAUUGUGGCUCAGGGGUCAUCAAAAUCCAACGUACAUAUGGAAUGGGACAAAAUCUGGUCGUUUAAUAAAAAAGUUAUCGAUCCAAUUGCUCCACGAUAUAACGCUCUCCUGAAGAAUCAAGUCAUUCCAGUAACAGUGAAUGGUGUGGUUGAUUCUUCUGAGGAAUAUCCAAAACAUCCAAAGGAUGCGACCAUUGGGCAGAAGCCUGUUUAUUACUCAAGUAAGAUUUUAAUAGAAGGAGAGGACGCAAAGCUGAUGAAGGAGGGAGAAUUAGUGACUUUCAUUAAUUGGGGAAACCUGCGUAUCACGAAAGUAAACAAAGCAGGUGAUAACGUUACAUCUCUUGAAGCUACUCCUGAACUUGAUAACAAGGAUUUUAAAAAGACUGUAAAAGUGACGUGGCUAGCCGAACAUGGUGCUGCACCUUUUGUUCCGACGAAGUGCGUCUUUUUCGAGAACAUUAUUGAUAAACCUGAUCUGACGAGGGAUGAUGACUUCAAACAAUAUAUCAACAAAAACACAAGGAGUGAACAAGAUAUGCUGGGAGACCCGUGUCUCACCACUUUGAAAAAAGGUGAUAUUAUUCAACUUCAAAGACGUGGAUAUUUCAUUUGCGACGAACCUUACCAAGAACCAAGUCGGCAUUCAGGAAAAGAAUCUCCAUGUAUUUUGUUUCACAUCCCUGACGGUACUUCAGCUGGUAUGAUGAAUCAAGGAAAAGACAAAACUAAAAGCAGCAGUAGUUCAAGCUCGAAAGACAAAGGAGGGACUAGCAAAAAACAAGCCAAGAAAGUUGCUGCUCCUCAAAAAACCCAAACAGCUCAACUCAGCACAUCAACUGAACAUACAUCCGAGCAGCAAGCUAUAUAUGAUAGUAUUGUGGUACAGGGUGAUAAAAUAAGAAACUUGAAAGCGCACGGUGCAAGUAAAGAAGAUAUCACAAAAGAAGUGACUGUUUUAAAGGAACUUAAAGCGAAGUACAAAACUGCCACUGGACUCGAAUAUUCGCCGCCGAAAACUUCAGCUACGACAACUUCUGCACCGACAAAAAGCAAACAAGCAAUGCCGCCAACAGCAGUGAACGUAACCCCUGAGAGUGAAGCUCUGGUGAAGAAAAUUGCAGAGCAAGGUGAGAAAAUCCGAACGAUGAAGGGAGCCAACGCUCCAAAGGAACAACUGCAACCGGAAAUUGAGCAAUUAUUAAAACUUAAAGGUGACUAUAAAACAUUAACCGGUACCGAUUAUCAGCCAGCAGGAGGAGCGCGAAACCAAAAACAGAAAAAGGAGAAAAAACCUAAGGAGAAUGCAGCGAAGCCUCCACCAAAGAAGAAAGAACAAGCUGCGGAGGUGUCACGUGAUGCUGCUGAUGCUGCCAAGAAACAAACGCGACUUUGUAUAGAAGCCAAAAAAGAGGAAGCUCUAAGUGACUGGUAUUCACAGGUUAUCACGAAAUCGGAAUUAAUCGAAUACUACGAUGUCAGUGGUUGUUAUAUAUUGCGCCCUUGGGCGUUUGGUAUAUGGGAAAGGAUUGUUGCUUUCUUCGACAAGAAAAUCAAAGACUUGGGCGUUGAAAACUGUUACUUUCCCAUGUUUGUGUCGCAAGCUGCGUUAGAAAAAGAGAAGGAUCAUAUUGAAGAUUUCGCCCCUGAGGUUGCUUGGGUCACUAAAUCAGGACAGAGUGAACUCGCUGAACCAAUCGCUAUUCGUCCAACUAGUGAAACCGUCAUGUAUCCUGCAUAUGCAAAAUGGAUUCAAUCUUACCGUGAUCUGCCAUUACGUUUGAAUCAGUGGUGCAAUGUCGUGCGAUGGGAGUUCAAACAUCCACAACCGUUUCUGCGUACUAGAGAGUUUCUUUGGCAGGAGGGACAUUCAGCAUUCGCUGGAAAAGAAGAAGCUUGUGAAGAGGUUUACACCAUUCUUGGAUUCUACGCGCAAAUAUACACCGAUCUACUCGCUAUCCCCGUUGUCAAGGGACGGAAAACGGAAAAAGAAAAAUUCGCUGGUGGAGACUUUACCACAACAUGUGAAGCUUACAUCCAGGCCAGUGGACGUGCCAUCCAGGGAGCUACAUCUCAUCAUCUGGGACAGAACUUCUCAAAAAUGUUUGGUAUUGAAAUCGAAGACCCAAGUAAGCCGGACACAAAGGAGAAAUUGUUUGUGUACCAAAACUCGUGGGGGUUAACAACAAGGACUAUUGGUGUUUUGGUUAUGGUGCAUGGUGAUAACAAAGGGUUGGUGUUACCACCAAGAGUGGCAAACGUUCAGGUUAUUAUAGUUCCAGUCGGUUUAAACGUUUCGUUAAGUGAUGAAAAACGAAAAGCGGUAAUGGAAGCAUGUGAAGAGUACACCAAAACGUUAAAGAAUUUCGACGUACGAGCAAAAUGCGAUUCUCGUGAAAACUAUUCACCGGGUUGGAAAUUCAAUCAUUGGGAAUUAAGGGGAGUUCCAGUUCGUAUUGAGCUCGGCCCACGAGAAGUUGAAAAUGGAGAAUUUGUGGCAGUGCGUCGGGACACUGGCGAGAAGAUCACGAUGAAGAAAGAUGGGCGUGUCCAUCAACUAACCACUCUCCUUGACACCAUACAGUCUGACAUGUACGCUAGUGCAACUAAGCAGUUGGAAGAAAAUCUUACAGUCACAACAUCGUGGCAAGAAUUCAACGAUAUGCUUGCACAAGGAAAAAUUAUCCAGGCUCCAUUCUGUGGCGAAAUAAAAUGUGAAGAAGCCAUCAAGAAAGAGAGUGCGAGAGAGGACCCAACUGAUGCCGGUGCUCCUUCCAUGGGUGCGAAGGGAUUGUGCAUUCCUUUCGAGCAGCCAGCGCAAAUCACCACUGAGAAAUGUGUCCAUCCAGGUUGCGACAAACCCGCCAAGUUUUACACCUUAUUUGGGCGUAGCUAUUAGAGAUAUUAUGUUUAGACAUAUUUCGAAAUAUUUUUUCAGGAUUCUAUUUUAAUGCCAUGACGUAGAUAUUGAAAAUUGUUCUGUUCCCUGUUUUCCGAGGUUAGCAUCUGCUUCUAAAUUCGUAUAUAGAUAACUAGAAAAAGAACGUAAUUUUUUCACAGAAUGUUAGUGGUCGCUAUUUAUUUUUUGUGAUAGAUAUUUUUACCUAUUUUCAACUGAUAAACAAUGAAUAGAAAAACACAUAAUUUUCA